UUGGUUUUACCCCUUCUGUCUUCUUUGAGGAACGUUAGCAAAGAGGUGCACUUCUCAUCUCUUGCAGUUUAGCUUUUUCCCAACAUGGAUUCACAAAUGGAACGCCCACAUGGUCAUCGCUACGAGCAAGAACAGCACCAUGCUGGUCUUCAUGCUGCAGCAGAAGGCGAAAAUGAGCAUCACCAAGAGAAGUCGGUGUUGAAGAAGGUGAAGGCUAAGGCCAGGAAAAUAAAGGACACUCUCAAAUUGCAUGGCCAUGGUCACGACCAUGACCAGAACUUACCCCGUGAAGGUCACGUACCUGAUGAUCAUGACCUGGACGAGGAAGAUGAUGAAGAAUUUGAUGACCCUGAAGUUCACAAUGUAGGAGCAGGAUCAGCGUCCGAGUCUGCUCCUACUAGGAGCUCUAUGCCUGGGCAAGAGGAUGUUUCGAAAGACUUCCAAGCCAAAGAAACUGAUCCAAUGGAGAGUUUUAUCCAUGCACACGAUGAAGAUAGAGGACAACUUAAAGUCGCUGCUGGAAAUACCAGUAAUAUGAAGGAAGUGCCUUAUACUCCACUAAGUACGCCUGCAUCCAUUGCGCCUGGGAUUAUGGAACAAACAAAAGGUACUGAUCCAAUUGGGAAUUUCGCUCGGGAACAAGAGGCGAUUCGUGGACAACCAGAAGUCAAUUUGGACAGGCCAAUAGGCUUGGAGGAGGAUCCUCAUGCCCCAAAAUCCAGACCUGGGGAGCAUGAUCCUUCCAAUUAUCAGACAAAGGUCUCCGAUCCAACUAGUGCAGGUGGUGAAGAAGUAGAAGUUGGUCCAAUUCUUCGUUCUUUUGACAACAUGAAGUUCUCAGAUGAACCAAAUCCUGUAACAGAAGAAAAUCUCUCUACUAGAAAGUACGACCAGUCUAUUUUUCCCACCGGAAGCCAUGACCAAUUCUCUCCGGAGCCUACUCCUCCGAUACCCAUGACGUUCCAAGAAAAUCCUACAUCAGCUCUCCUGACUGACGCCAGGAAAGACGACGCUAAGGAACAUGAAAUGCAUGGAGGACAAGACCAGACCAAGGCAGCGCCAGCCCUGGAAUAUGGGAGGAGAAUUGCGACAAGUGUGACGGAGAAACUGACUCCCGUUUAUGAGAAAGUUGCCGAGACAGGAAGCACUGUGAUGUCAAAAGUGCAUGGAACUCGCACUGGCAGUGACAAAGAAGUAGAACACAAGGCUACCGACCAAGAUAAAGGGGUGUCAGUGAAGGAUUAUGUGACCGAGAAGUUGAAGCCUGGUGAGGAGGACAGGGCCUUGUCUGAAGUGAUUUCGGAGGCUUUACAUAAGAAAAAGCCAGAUGCAGAGAAGGCAGAUAAGCCGAUGGGAAGAGUGACGGAGUCUGAGGAAGUGAACAGGCGAUUGGGAGGUAUGGAAGAGGAUUCUGGAGAACGUGUGAAUACAGGCUCUGUGCACGUUUCUGGGAGUGGUAUGGUGGAAAAGGUUAAAGGGGUAGUUGGUUCGCUGUUCGGAAAAGGCACAGAGACUCCGGAGCACUCACUGGAUUCCUCUGCUGGUACUGAAACAGCUUCCGCUAGUGGGAAAAAAACAGAGAGGAGACUUCAAGAAUCAGGAAAUUGAGCAGGAGUGCGUGCUUGCUUUUUAAAUCGAAGUUAGUUUGUUUUGAUAAGAGUGUGAUAUGAAUAAAGAUGAAUGGAGAUGAUUCUGCUUAAGAGAAGGCAUCUUCUCUUGUGUGCGUGUUAUGUAUAUGAAGGAGUGAAAACCGUAUUUUCGCCUGUCUUGCUUGAUGCCGUCUCCCUCUGUUUCCUCCCGUGAAAAGAUAUCUGGUUGUCUGGCCUGACAGCUACCAUGGACGACACUCCCAUUGUUUAAAGCUGAUGCUGCUACAUUAUGGAGGCGAUUAUUCGGGAUGACAGGGGCCUUGUUUUGCUUGCUGUGUGGUCAGUGUUUUCAGUUUCAAUAAAUAGUUGUAAUAAAUAAUUCAAGUGCCUUUUUUCCGCAUUGUCCUAAUAAAUAAUUCAAAAUCUUUUACAAUUUUCAAAAA